AUGACCAACCUAAACGUUAUUCUCAGCUUCGCAGCUGCUGUUGCGAUGGCCCUUACUACCAUUGACACGGUGAAUGCCGCCAAUCUUCGUUCGGAAAAGAAAUUUCUUACCAGCAUUGACAUUGACAGCACCAAAAGUGAACGUUUCUUACAAGAGAUGGAAGGUGGUGAAAAUCCCGAAGAUAACGGUACCCAGGGCGGCAGCCGUUUCCCAGAGGAAGUUGAGGCAAGCGAAAAUGCAGAUGACGACAGCGUUGAUAGCACUGACACUGAGCGCUUCCUUGUCGAACUGAACGGUGCUGCAGCAAAAGUCAGUGGAAGAUUCAAUGGUGAACGUUUCUUACAGGAGGUGCAAGGUAGUGAAAGUCCCGAAGCUGACGGUACCCAGGGCGGCAGCCGUUUCCCAGAGGAAGUUGAGGCAAGCGAAAACGCAGAUGACGACAGCGUUGAUAGCACUGACACUGAGCGCUUCCUUGUCGAACUGAACGGUGCUGCAGCAAAAGUCAGUGGAAGAUUCAAUGGUGAACGUUUCCUUGCAGAGGAAAAAGGUGUAAGCGGGGACUCGGACGACAGCACUUCCGAUACUGACGACCGUUCCACUGUCGGCGGUGAACGUUUCUUACAGGAGGUGCAAGGUAGUGAAAGUCCCGAAGCUGACGGUACCCAGGGCGGCAGCCGUUUCCCAGAGGAAGUUGAGGCAAGCGAAAACGCAGAUGACGACAGCGUUGAUAGCACUGACACUGAGCGCUUCCUUGUCGAACUGAACGGUGCUGCAGCAAAAGUCAGUGGAAGAUUCAAUGGUGAACGUUUCUUACAGGAGGUGCAAGGUAGUGAAAGUCCCGAAGCUGACGGUACCCAGGGCGGCAGCCGUUUCCCAGAGGAAGUUGAGGCAAGCGAAAACGCAGAUGACGACAGCGUUGAUAGCACUGACACUGAGCGCUUCCUUGUCGAACUGAACGGUGCUGCAGCAAAAGUCAGUGGAAGAUUCAAUGGUGAACGUUUCCUUGCAGAGGAAAAAGGUGUAAGCGGGGACUCGGACGACAGCACUUCCGAUACUGACGACCGUUCCACUGUCGGCGGUGAACGUUUCUUACAGGAGGUGCAAGGCAGUGAAAGUCCCGAAGCUGACGGUACCCAGGGCGGCAGCCGUUUCCCAGAGGAAGUUGAGGCAAGCGAAAACGCAGAUGACGACAGCGUUGAUAGCACUGACACUGAGCGCUUCCUUGUCGAACUGAACGGUGCUGCAGCAAAAGUCAGUGGAAGAUUCAAUGGUGAACGUUUCUUACAGGAGGUGCAAGGUAGUGAAAGUCCCGAAGCUGACGGUACCCAGGGCGGCAGCCGUUUCCCAGAGGAAGUUGAGGCAAGCGAAAACGCAGAUGACGACAGCGUUGAUAGCACUGACACUGAGCGCUUCCUUGUCGAACUGAACGGUGCUGCAGCAAAAGUCAGUGGAAGAUUCAAUGGUGAACGUUUCUUACAGGAGGUGCAAGGUAGUGAAAGUCCCGAAGCUGACGGUACCCAGGGCGGCAGCCGUUUCCCAGAGGAAGUUGAGGCAAGCGAAAACGCAGAUGACGACAGCGUUGAUAGCACUGACACUGAGCGCUUCCUUGUCGAACUGAACGGUGCUGCAGCAAAAGAGGUGCAAGGUAGUGAAAGUCCCGAAGCUGACGGUACCCAGGGCGGCAGCCGUUUCCCAGAGGAAGUUGAGGCAAGCGAAAACGCAGAUGACGACAGCGUUGAUAGCACUGACACUGAGCGCUUCCUUGUCGAACUGAACGGUGCUGCAGCAAAAGUCAGUGGAAGAUUCAAUGGUGAACGUUUCUUACAGGAGGUGCAAGGUAGUGAAAGUCCCGAAGCUGACGGUACCCAGGGCGGCAGCCGUUUCCCAGAGGAAGUUGAGGCAAGCGAAAACGCAGAUGACGACAGCGUUGAUAGCACUGACACUGAGCGCUUCCUUGUCGAACUGAACGGUGCUGCAGCAAAAGUCAGUGGAAGAUUCAAUGGUGAACGUUUCUUACAGGAGGUGCAAGGUAGUGAAAGUCCCGAAGCUGACGGUACCCAGGGCGGCAGCCGUUUCCCAGAGGAAGUUGAGGCAAGCGAAAACGCAGAUGACGACAGCGUUGAUAGCACUGACACUGAGCGCUUCCUUGUCGAACUGAACGGUGCUGCAGCAAAAGUCAGUGGAAGAUUCAAUGGUGAACGUUUCUUACAGGAGGUGCAAGGUAGUGAAAGUCCCGAAGCUGACGGUACCCAGGGCGGCAGCCGUUUCCCAGAGGAAGUUGAGGCAAGCGAAAACGCAGAUGACGACAGCGUUGAUAGCACUGACACUGAGCGCUUCCUUGUCGAACUGAACGGUGCUGCAGCAAAAGUCAGUGGAAGAUUCAAUGGUGAACGUUUCUUACAGGAGGUGCAAGGUAGUGAAAGUCCCGAAGCUGACGGUACCCAGGGCGGCAGCCGUUUCCCAGAGGAAGUUGAGGCAAGCGAAAACGCAGAUGACGACAGCGUUGAUAGCACUGACACUGAGCGCUUCCUUGUCGAACUGAACGGUGCUGCAGCAAAAGUCAGUGGAAGAUUCAAUGGUGAACGUUUCUUACAGGAGGUGCAAGGUAGUGAAAGUCCCGAAGCUGACGGUACCCAGGGCGGCAGCCGUUUCCCAGAGGAAGUUGAGGCAAGCGAAAACGCAGAUGACGACAGCGUUGAUAGCACUGACACUGAGCGCUUCCUUGUCGAACUGAACGGUGCUGCAGCAAAAGUCAGUGGAAGAUUCAAUGGUGAACGUUUCUUACAGGAGGUGCAAGGCAGUGAAAGUCCCGAAGCUGACGGUACCCAGGGCGGCAGCCGUUUCCCAGAGGAAGUUGAGGCAAGCGAAAACGCAGAUGACGACAGCGUUGAUAGCACUGACACUGAGCGCUUCCUUGUCGAACUGAACGGUGCUGCAGCAAAAGUCAGUGGAAGAUUCAAUGGUGAACGUUUCCUUGCAGAGGAAAAAGGUGUAAGCGGGGACUCGGACGACAGCACUCCCGAUACUGACGACCGUUCCACUGUCGGCGGUGAACGUUUCUUACAGGAGGUGCAAGGUAGUGAAAGUCCCGAAGCUGACGGUACCCAGGGCGGCAGCCGUUUCCCAGAGGAAGACAGCGUUGAUAGCACUGACACUGAGCGCUUCCUUGUCGAACUGAACGGUGCUGCAGCAAAAGUCAGUGGAAGAUUCAAUGGUGAACGUUUCUUACAGGAGGUGCAAGGCAGUGAAAGUCCCGAAGCUGACGGUACCCAGGGCGGCAGCCGUUUCCCAGAGGAAGUUGAGGCAAGCGAAGACGCGGAGGACGACAGCCGUGACAUUCCAGAAAUCGCGCCGAGUAAUGGAAGUAUGUAG